AUGGUCAACGACAAGAAAAUCGGUGCCUAUUAUGCACCUACCGGCGGAUUGCCGCCACAGACACAGCUUCUCACCGACCGCGCCAUGUUCACCGAAGCCUACGCGGUCAUCCCGAAGGGCACAUUCAGCGACAUCGUGACGAGCUUCCUACCCUUCUGGGACAAGACGCGAUUGUGGGUGAUUGCCCGUCCGCUAUCCGGUUUUGCCGAGACCUUUUCGCAAUACAUUAUGGAAGUGCAGCCGGGUGGCGGUAGUGAUCGCGCCGAACUCGACGACGGCGCCCAAGGGGUGCUGUUCGUGGUCGAAGGCGAAGUGACCGUUACACUGGCAGGUGAAUCGCACACGCUCGCCGAGGGCGGCUAUGCCUACCUGCCGCCGCAGAGUGGCUGGACCCUCCGCAACGCGGGCGCGACGACCGCCCGUUUCCAUUGGAUUCGCAAGGCUUAUGAAUCGGUGGAGGGGCUCGAUAAGCCUGACCCACUGUUCCUCAAUGAGAAGGAUAUCGCGCCCUCGGUGAUGCCGGACACCAACGGUGCUUGGGCAACCACUCGCUUCGUGGACCCGACCGACCUGCGUCACGACAUGCAUGUCACCAUCGUGACCUUCGAGCCGGGGGGUGUCAUCCCAUUCGCAGAAACCCAUGUCAUGGAACACGGGCUUUAUGUUCUGGAAGGCAAAGCCGUGUACCGGCUCAACCAGGACUGGGUGGAGGUCGAAGCAGGCGACUUCAUGUGGUUGCGCGCAUUCUGCCCGCAGGCCUGCUACGCGGGUGGGCCUGGCAAAUUCCGUUACCUGCUCUACAAGGACGUGAACCGCCACAUGAAACUAUCACGAUAG